AUGCGGCAUCACAAGACCAGAUCAAUAAUUCCAUACAUAUCUAUCAGUGGGUUCAUUAUCUCCAUUGUGAAUGCUCAAGAUCUCGUCGGCUGCGAUGCAGUGAGCUGCCCUACUACCUAUCGUCAGGCCCACUGCACAGUGGGCAAUACCACUCUCUCCGAACUUGGCAUCAUAUCAUUCAACACAUCACUCGAUAUUUCUCCAUUCACUUGGACUCUUGGGAUUCAAGAAAUUAUCGAUCCAGCAAACAGUUCUCGCGCAUUAUGGGAUCGUAACUAUUUCCUCGGCACUCCUUCAAGCGUCGUAAAUUUGACCUCAUCAUUGCGUGGAUGCGCUCUCUUUUUCGAUGGAAUUUCCGCAGACUUGUCGUUUCCCGGAGUCGAUCGAAGCACAACUGUGGGAAGUUGCCAGGAUGCUCUUUCCAGCUUGUGUGUCAAUGAUCUGUUAUCCCAAUCGCAAUCCCAAAUUUUGUCAUUGAUGAAGGACUCCAAAAAAACUGAAACUGAGUUGAAUGUUUGCGUUGAGCUACAAUCUGCAUUGAAAUCUCAAGCCCCGGCUUCUCGUGAUGCAGUAGCAUCUCAUGAUUGGGGUACUAUCAUCGUUCGAGGCACGUAA